CAAAAGCGUCGGGUCAACGGCGGUGCACCCUCGGAUCCUCCGAACCAGAUGGUCAGACAAGUGCAUGCGCCGCGGCGUAGGGCGUCGGUGCGUGGCGGGUGGCGUGCCUGCGACUCCCUUUCAGUCUGCAGCAGGAUGGUCGUCGAGGCGCCCGCUCUUUUCGGGGGCGGCUCCCACCGUUUCGAACUCAAUCUGUCAGCCCUGGACGAAGCGGCCCUGGCCAACCUGACCUUGUCCCUGCACGAGGUGAUCAAGGACUUCGCCAGCAGCAUGUUUGUCUACCACGAGCCGGGCAACGUGGCCCUCAUCUCGUGCUACGUGCCGCUCUUCCUGCUCGCGGCGAUCAGCAAUGCUCUUGUCAUCGGCGUCGUUUCCAAGUACAACCACCUGCGGAGCGUGACGAAUUAUUUUCUGGUCAACCUGAGCGUGGCUGACCUAUUGGUGACUUUGAUCUGCAUGCCUAUGGCUAUCGGGCAGGCUGUGAAUCGACUCUGGCUCUACGGCGACAUCAUGUGCAAGCUCACUUACUAUUUACAAGGUGUGUCCGUGGGUGCAAGCGUGUUUACCAUCACAGUCAUGAGCAUCGACAGGUACCUCGCCAUAAGACACCCGAUAGCAUUCCGCAAAGUGUUCAAUAGACGUUCCACAAUCAUGGUGAUUGUAGCGCUGUGGGGAGUGUCGCUGUUGCUGUUUGCACCGCUGCUUGUGGUGCGCCAAACUAGCCGGGUCAUGGUCGAGGGCACUGACCAUCAGUUGUCCUUCUGCCUGGAGCAAUGGGGCACCCCUAAGCACCGUCGCUCCUACAGCAUCCUCUGCUUCGUGCUUGUGUAUGCCGUGCCCGGAUCCAUUGUCAUGCUGGCCUAUUCGCUAAUGGGUCGUCGUCUUUGCGCCGCCAGCCUUUUGCAACAGAUCGACGCAAGUGCGGCACCGGGAGUGUCGCGUUACCAAGCUGGAGGCGAGCGACUGGUGAGGGACCGAAAACGCGUGGCCAGAAUUCUGCUCCUCCUGGCCAUACUUUUCGCCUUCUGCUGGCUGCCCUACAACAUUCUGAACCUGCUGCUGGACCUAGACGAGCAACGACCAAACUCGGAGCAAAUCUUCGCUCUCCUCCCUUUCACCCUUUUGCUAGGACAUGCAAAUUCCGCCAUCAACCCUCUGCUGUACUGCUUCUUGACACGGAACUUUAGGAAUACGGUGCGGCAAAUGUUUUCUCCCGUUUGUGCGUGCUGCCGGGUGGAGGACGCGGGCUCCGCUAACAGAGCUGUGAUUUCCCCGCCAAACCAAAACGGCCACGUUUGUUCUACAUACCAAUUUCGCAGAUACAAGACUCGGGUACCGAUGGGAGCCAACGCCGCUCUGCGCGACUGCGAGCGCGACGACUCGCCCAACCAGAUGAAGGCCAAAAGCUCUGAGUUGGUGGAAAUGCGGAGCCUGAACAGGGCCGGUUCUAAUCCCGGGGUCGAAUGUGCGGCGACCCACUCGACCUCAAGUUACGCGCGCGGCCGACUGACCUACAGCUCGUCCAGCGGCUACGACUCUUGUCCGGCGGCGCUGACCUACAGCUCCAAUCAGGGCAACAGCUCGAGCACCCUGGCCUGCACCACAAACUUCAUCGACCACAGCCCGCACCGCAAAUGCUUUCUGCGGCACUCAAGGCACUUGUCAACGCCGAACGAUUCGUCCGUGCCCAUUUCGGCGCAGCAGUGCCACUUUUAAAGAAGGGCUCGUUUUUUUAUCGUUGGCGCUUCAACUUCGCUUUAGAGACUUGGCUAAUUGCAAAAGUCAAUUAGUUUGACGAUGAUGGUUGGUGUUAAAACGCUGCUGGUAAAAAUUCAUUUUGACUGCCACGGGGAGUUUCCACGGCUCUCUGUGGAAGUUAAACUUUUACUUGUUUUUGCAGAUUCGUUUUAUGUUUGCGCUAAUGUAAACAAGAACAGCAAGGCUGAUUUGAAAAUUCUAUACGCGCA